AUGGAGAAGUUAGGAAGGCUUCUUCUUGAUAAAUUUGCAACAUAUUUCCUGAAUGAUUUGGAUAAUACACCACUAAAACUAGCCUGGAGUGGAGCUGCUGAACUAACCAAUGUUGUGAUCAAACCAUCCAUUUUGGAGGACUUGAAUCUACCUGUUCAAGUUAUACAUGGUUCAAUAGGGAAACUUGCAAUGAAAAUACCAUGGCAUUCAAUUUAUACAUCACCAACUACAGUGCUGAUAGAGAAUGUGUAUCUGGUGGUUGCACCCAAUCAACAGGUGGCAUACGACCCUGUUAAAGCAGAAAAAUUGAUGCUACAGGUAAAGCAGGCUGAAUUAAGGAAGAUUGAAGAAGCUUAG